AUGUGCGGAAUCAGCUGUGUCGUGGCACUGGGAGAGUGUACAAGACGCCCCAACGAGGAAGACAAAAAGAACACUGAGGGGAGACUGAGUAAAAGUCUGGAGCAGAUUAGGCACCGCGGCCCAGACUCCACUGGGACCUGGAUCAGUCAGGAUGGACGAGUGGCACUUGGUCACGUCAGACUCGACAUCAAUGACCUUUCACCCUCAGGUUGCCAGCCUUUGCACUCAACUGACAACACUGUGCACGCCGUGGUCAAUGGGGAAAUUUACGACUACGACAAGCUCAGGACUGAGAUGGAAGAGAAAAUCGAGUACCGUUUCCAAGGCACCUCCGAUUCCGAACUAGUCCUGGCGCUGUACAAAUACUACGGGCUUUCUUUUUUGUCACAGAUCCGCGGAGAAUUCUCCAUAUGCUUGUUUGACAGCGAGCGAGAGCUGUUUGUUGCAGUUAGAGACCGAUACGGCAUCAAACCAUUGUUCUGGACGAUUCAAGAUGGGGAAUUGCUACUUGCAGCUGAGAUGAAAGCCUUUCUGCCGUUGGGUUGGAAACCAGAAUGGGACGUCAAAUCCAUUGUCGGCGGGGACUUCCAAAUUGGAAAUUCGACAAUCUUUAAGAACGUCCAAAAAGUGCGACCUGGUCAUGUCCUGAUCUCCAGAUGUUUCGGUACCGUGCAUGAGCAGCAGUAUUGGGACUCUCGAUAUCCGGACAAGCAUACCAAGGACCCGCGUACCGAAGCAGAGAUGAUCCAGGGGUUCCGAGAACGCCUGAUUGAUGCCGUUAAAGAACGUCUUCGGGCUGAUGUCAAAGUCGGAGUUUCCCUCAGCGGCGGCAUCGACUCUUCAGUUGUUGCGGGUGUUACGAAUCACCUUCUGCGCCAAGGUCAUCAAAUCGGCUCUGAAUCUGUGAACGAGCGAGUCAGCUGCUUCGGAAUCGCAUUCGACGAGGACAGCGGUUUUGAUGAAUCGUCCACCGCCAAUCGUACAGCAGAAUUCCUUGGUGUCAAAUUUUAUAAGAAACAAAUGAACGAAGAAGAACUCGCGAACUCUUUUGCCGAUGCUACGUGGCAUGACGAACAGCCCAAUCCCGACCUGAACUUUAUUGGGACAUAUGCACUGUCUGAGCUAUUCCGAGAGAAAGGAUUUCGUGUCAAUAUUAAUGGUCAAGGUGCUGAUGAAAUCCUUGGUGGCUACAAUAUCUUCCUGCCGGAUUUUCUGCGUGAACCAGAUACCACAUUUGGAGCGCCGUCAAUGUCCGAAGAUGAGCGCAAAAUCGAGCUUCGCAAGUCGGAGGAAAUACUCAACAAUGUCUACCAGGGCAAGCUGGACCUUAAAGGGUCAUCCGUUGCUCGUCGUCAGUUGAACAACACUCUCACACCUGCGCAGAUGACGGCGGCGUUUCCACCUUUGCCUUUUAGAGAGGAUUUUCUGCCGAGGAAUAAUGUUGUCGACCCUCAGCUGACAUACGCCGAAAGUAUCAAUGGGAUUAUGCUCGAGGAAGUGAGGAGCAAAUGGCAUCCCUUGCACACGGCUCAGUACAUCUUCAGCCAGGCUCACCUACAGAACCUACUGCUUUCGAACCUUGGGGACAGGGGAGAAAUGGCACAUUCUAUCGAAGGCCGGACUCCGUUCCUAGAUCACCAUUUGACAGAAUAUGUCAACAACCUGCCACCGAGCAUGAAGAUUCGCCUGGAUGAGAAUGGAGGAUGGGUUGAAAAGUACGUUCUGCGAGAAGCAGCCAAGCCUUUCAUCACGGAAGAGAUCUACAAGAAACGGAAGCAUCCCUAUAGUGCUCCGGUAGAAUUUCCCAUGGAUGGACCAAUGCGUAGACUACUGGGUGACCUUGUUACCGAGGAGAACAUUGCGAAGCUGGGUUUCCUCAAUCCCCAUGGCGUGGCAGGCUUGGUCAAUGAAGCAUUUGAAAAGAGGGAGACGCCUAUUUUUCGGCUCGUCAUCUGCCUGGCGCAGUGGGUUGUGUUGCAGCAACGAUUCGGUGUGGCGAAGGCACAGUCUGAAGCUCAGCGUUUGGAGGAAGGCACAUUGAAGGUUGGAAGUAAUGUCAUGCUUGGAUAG